GGCCCCGGGCCGCCGGCGAGAUGCCCUGCGGGGAGGACUGGCUCAGCCACCCGCUCGGGAUCGUGCAGGGUUUCUUCGCCCAAAAUGGAGUUAAUCCUGACUGGGAGAAGAAAGUAAUCGAAUAUUUUAAGGAAAAGCUGAAGGAAAAUAAUGCUCCUAAGUGGGUGCCAUCAUUGAAUGAAGUUCCCCUCCAUUAUUUGAAACCUAACAGUUUUGUGAAGUUUCGUUGCAUGAUUCAGGAUAUGUUUGAUCCUGAGUUUUAUAUGGGAGUUUAUGAAACGGUUAACCGAAACACAAAAGCACGGGUUCUUCAUUUUGGAAAAUACAGAGAUAUAGCUGAGUGUGGGCCUCAACAAGAAGUUGAUUUAAAUUCUCCACAAACUACCACUUUGGAAAGACAGACUUUCUAUUGUGUUCCAGUGCCUGGGGAAUCAGUGUGGGUAAAAGAAGCCUACGUUAAUGCAAACCAAGCUCGAGUCAGCCCUUCAACAUCCUACACUCCCAGCCGCCACAAAAGGAGUUAUGAAGAUGAUGAAGAUAUGGACCUACAGCCAAAUAAGCAGAAAGAUCAGCACGCAGGCUCGCGACAAGCAGGGAGUGUUGGUGGCCUACAGUGGUGUGGAGAGCCAAAGCGUUUGGAAACUGAAGCUUCUACUGGGCAGCAGCUAAACUCCCUGAACCUCUCGUCUCCUUUUGAUCUGAAUUUCCCACUGCCAGGAGAGAAGGGCCCUGCAUGCCUUGUGAAGGUCUAUGAAGACUGGGAUUGUUUCAAGGUGAACGAUGUCCUUGAGUUGUACGGCGUGCUCUCUGUGGAUCCUGUCCUCAGCAUCCUCAACAGUGAGGAAAGGGAUGCCUCCUCGCUCCUGGAUCCAAUGGAAUGUGCAGACACAGCUGAAGAACAGAGAGUGCACAGUCCUCCUGCAUCCUUAGUGCCAAGAAUUCAUGUCGUUUUAGCCCAGAAAUUGCAGCACAUCAAUCCAUUACUACCCGCUUGCCUUAACAAGGAGGAGAGCAAAACCUGUAAGUUUGUUUCGAGUUUCAUGUCCGAAUUGUCUCCAGUCAGAGCAGAGCUGCUUGGCUUCCUCACGCAUGCUCUUUUGGGAGAUAGUUUGGCUGCUGAGUACCUUAUCCUGCACCUCAUCUCUACAGUAUACACAAGAAGAGAUGUUCUUCCACUAGGAAAAUUUACAGUUAACUUGAGUGGUUGCCCCCGGAAUAGUACCUUCACAGAACACUUGUAUCGAAUCAUUCAGCAUCUUGUUCCAGCAUCAUUUCGUCUCCAGAUGACCAUAGAGAACAUGAAUCAUUUGAAAUUCAUUCCCCACAAAGACUACACAGCCAACCGCUUGGUCAGCGGGCUGCUGCAGCUCCCCAGCAACACGUCCCUGGUGAUCGAUGAGACUCUGCUGGAACAAGGGCAGCUCGACACCCCAGGUGUUCACAAUGUGACUGCCCUGAGCAACCUAAUAACUUGGCAGAAGGUGGAUUAUGACUUCAAUUACCAUCAGAUGGAAUUCCCCUGCAACAUUAAUGUCUUCAUCACUUCCGAGGGGAGGUCACUCCUGCCGGCAGAUUGCCAGAUCCACUUACAGCCCCAGCUCAUCCCCCCCAACAUGGAGGAGUACAUGAACAGCCUGCUCUCGGCCGUGCUGCCUUCUCUGCUCAAUAAAUUCCGCAUCUACUUGACCCUUUUGAGGUUCCUGGAUUAUAGCAUAUCUGACGAGAUAACCAAGGCAGUUGAAGACGACUUUGUGGAAAUGCGCAAGAAUGACCCUCAGCGCAUCACCGCGGACGACCUCCACCAGCUGCUCAUUGUAGCUCGGUUCCUGUCUCUCAGUGCUGGUCAGACAACGCUGUCAAGAGAACGAUGGCUAAGAGCAAAGCAGCUGGAGUCCUUACGAAGAACCAGGCUUCAGCAGCAGAAAUGUGUGAAUGGAAAUGAACUUUAAAGAUCUGAUACAACUAAAGAGUAAGGGGCAAAUUGUAGCCACAUUAUUGUAAAAUUCAAUUAUCAUUUAUACCACAUUGUUUUGUAGAUAAUUUGUAUCAAAAACCAAUGAUUUUUCCUGAAAUCAAGCCUGGUAACACCUGAAGUUUAUAUAAUAUUCAGUAAGGGCUUUUGCCUUACUGGUUUUAUGGAGCUUUUGAAGUUUGUUUUAUAAUUAUAUAAAUUAGUAACAAUGUACAAAAAUGUAUUUGAUAUUAAAAGUUUAAUAUGGAUAAUGUUGCUGAUUAUACCAUUUCCUUAGCUUCAUCUAAAUCAUAGACCAGACUCUUAAAAUGCUGGUGACUUCAUUUGAAGAAAAUUGUUGCAAUUCCAAAGUCAGGAAUUGUUCAUUUCAGAUUUUUCUUUCUAAUUAACAGUGGGGUCUGGAUGUGCUCGCGCCCCAGGCUGGGGAAGGGGCAUAUGUGACAUGAUUUCACGGGAACAUGUGGAAUUCUGUAGUGUUAUUUCCCAAACAUUUGACCACAGAAACCUUUUCUUUCACAGUAGUUAAUGCUCUGCAAAACUAGUUUUUUACGUGGCAGUGGUUCCCAGACUUUUAGAUUUCAUGGGCCAGUAAUUCGAAAAAUUUGGGGUGGCUGACAGGGUUGCCAAUUUAUUUUGCCAAGUAAUCUGAAAAUCACUAUAUUAUCACCAUUUUUUCAUAAAAGGACAAUCUCAGAAAAAGAUCAGUCCUUUAAAUGGAGUAAAUGUAGCAUUUUGAAAAACAUUGUCCUUAUUUUUCUGGAUUCCCCGCUCUCCCCCCCCCCCGCCCCCCCCAUUGUGCUUGGGAACCACUGUUUAUGGGACUCACUUAAGGGAAUGCUGCCCUGUGAAGUUAUUUUGCCCAAAUAUGAAAAAAGCGAAAUAGUAAAUUUUUUAAUGCCUUCUUUAGAAAAAAAGUUUUUAAUUUUGUUCCUAAUAAAUAUCAUUUAGUUGCUUUGUUGGAUUUUGAACUGUUAAAUGACCUUAUCAAUUAAUACAGUGGCAUAAUUGUGAAAUCAAACAUCUUUGGACAGGUUAGAACGUUAAAGGUGUCGGUGGUUUUACAUGUAAAGAUUAAUUACUUUUAACCUAGUUGGAAACUAGGGGUUUAAAUCAGAUUAAAUACUAGCCCCUUCCUGCACAAGGCCUAAAUUGACAUUGCUAACCGAGGAAAGCAGGGUCAGCCAUGAAAAUCAAGGAAUUUAUUAUGCUUAAUGAACUGAAAAUUACUAGAUACCUUUUUUUUUUCCUAAACUCAAAUCUAUUUUUAUAAACUGAUGUAAAUAAUCUGUUUAUAUUUAGAAUUCUAACUGGUUUUCAUUUUUAUAACUGGUAGACUAGAUUUCCUUAAGUUUGAGAAAUAAAAUGAAGGCUCAACUGCAUUUGUGAGAAUAAAACGUUUUAAUUGGCUUAGAACAAAGUAGGUUAGUUACAGUGUUUAUUGUGCCAGUGUGAACUGUAAUUUACCAAAGAGAUUUGCUUGGUCUUGCAGGAGUUCCCUCAAAAGGAAAAUCCUUUUGAAACAAACAAAACUUCCCCCAUUUACUAGUGCUUAGGGCUGUUUCUCAUCAAUUAUAAGUUAAUCCCAGCUACUGUGUGGUUUGUGCAGCGAUCCCGUCCUUGUGGCAGGAAACCAGGUAAAAGGCAAGUGUGGGAGGUGGCGGCCCACUUCUGCGCGGGUCCCCCGGGAGCAGGGGGGGUUGGCGCUCUGGCCCUCAGGAGCCUUUUUUUCCUUGCCCACACAUGUGGACCUCAGAGUUUGCCGAGCUAAUGAAUUCAGUGUGACUCCUAUUUGUAUAACCAGGAUACGUUAAUUCUGAUCAGGGUCUAUGAACAUCAGCUCGCUGUCUUAAUUAAAAAAAAAAAAAAAUCACCUCUUUGCAACCAAUUUCUGUGGAGCAUAAACACUUUCUCAUGACUUUGGCUUAUAUUUGCUGUCAUAUUGUAGGACUUUAAGUUUUCACUUAAGUAUUUUCAAGCAAGAAAAAUUGGCAAGAGAAAAAUAAAGCAUUUGGUUCCACUGUCUGGAUUUUAAAAUUUGAUGGUUUGUGAUGUAUUUCA